AAGAAUGGCUCCGCCUCCGUCCUACACCGUGUCUCCGGUCGUGUCGCUCAUCGUCAGGCUCUUAACGUUCAUAUGCCUCUUGAUAUCGCUCAUCCUCCUCGCCACCGCCACUGGCACUGCUUCGACCACCUACGCGGACGUCGAAGUCAGAUUCAAUGACUUCAUUGCAUACCGAUAUCUAUGUGCUGCAGUGGUGAUCGGAUUAGCAUACACAGCCAUGCAAUCGGCCUUCACUGUAUACCAAAUAACAACUGGAAAUCGAUUUGGAGGCGAGGGCCUUGUUUUGAUUGAUUUCUAUUGUGACAAGGUGGCGUCUUACAUUCUCGCCACGGGUGGGGCGGCAAGUAUCGGAAUGGCCUUGGACUUGAAGGACCUAGGAGAUGCGCUGGGCAUCAGCAAUUUUAUGGGUGUCGCCAACGCUGCCGCGAGCCUUUGCUUAUUAGCAUUCCUUGGCACCGCCGUCUCGUCGAUAUUCUCCUCAUUUGCUCUUCCCAAAAGAGUCUAA